AUUCUUCAGAUACUUAUUGUGAUAUUCAUAAUAACACGACAAUUGGCACGAAGUCGACAGCGAAGGCAUCGACAGCACAAUCAAAGUGACAACACGUCGGACGCCACUGAUGAUUCGUGGCUUCAGUUCAUUUACGGCGACAGAAACAGCGAUACGACUGCCGGCGAGACGACAGGCGGCCACUCGUGCGCCCCUCAGGCAUACCAUUCCCAUCUGCUGAACGACUCGACACUCAUAUUCCCACCGAUUGGGUCACCGGUGAGGUCGUCGCCCAUCAAUAGGUCCACCGCCACGACAGACAUCUACUCAAUUGAGGAGAUAACCAGCGAUGAGACGACUCGCACGGAGGCCAUCGAAAUACAGUUCAAUCGCGGGUCGCAUCAGAAUCUGGUCGACUUGGAUAAGGAGAAGCCUACGAAUGGUGUGUCCCAUGGCGUGGAGAGCAGUAGUGGACAGACAUCCAGCGAUAGUUCGGGCAUUCAAGGGGUUAUCUCUCGAUCCAGCGAAUCGCUGCGGAAGUCCGCCAAUUGGUUCCUCGACUUCAUCCGCAUUAAAGACGACCAGAUAUUGCUUACGAAAGGCAGGGAUGCCUACCAGUACCUGGUCUUCCAGCGGUAUAUCAUCUAUUUCCUGGCUCUACUCAGCUUUGUGUGUAUUGUCAUCGUAUUGCCCGUCAAUAUUCACGGCAGUAAUGUGGACUCGAAUGGGACGCCAUUCGGCAAAACAACGAUCGGUAAUCUCAGUGUCGAGAAGUCUCACCUGUUUUGGAUUCACGCGGUGUUGGCCGCCAUUAUUAUGCCAAUGGGGGUGUUUGCGAUGAACCACUUCUCGAAAGUGAUUAAAUCAGAUGAGGAGCACAUCACCCGAAGAACUCUACUGAUCCGACGGAUACCGAAGUUUAAGAACACGAAAGAGAUUCUCAUAAACUAUUUCCAGCAGUCGUUCCCCGACUGUCCCAUUACUGGCAUACAAGUGAUCUACGAUUUCAAUGAACUCCAAGCGCUGGAACUCGAGUACCAGAAUGUGGUGAACGCUAAGGACUACUGUCAACGACAUAACAGCGCCUCGAAGAAUAUGACAAUCAAACCCUACUGUAUGGGACAGUUAGGCUGCUGUUGCUGUUGCUGUUGUCAAACUGUGGACGGGUAUGAGUAUUACAGCGAACGUCAGGAGCAGAUCAACGGCGACAUUAAAAAAGAGUUAGUGAACUCGUUUGCCAGCCCUACCGGUUCCGUAUUCAUCACAUUUCAGACUGAGAAGCAGUGCAUGGAAAUUUAUAAGUAUCUGAAGGAACGGCAGAACACGUGUCUGUGCUGUCAAUGCCUUAUCUCAGCCGUGGAUUGGGUGACAUCGGUGUUCCACCAGAAGCCUGUGGACUCACUGGAACUGUCGCGAUGGCAGGUGUCGUACGCGCCCUAUCCGGACGACAUCAACUGGAAGGACCUGACGGUGGACUACAAGUGGAUUUGGUUGCGGAAGUUCUUCAUUUAUCUCUUUCUAUUCGUUAUCUUCUUUUUCCUGUCGACGCCAGCGAUUCUACUCAAGUGGACCGAACUGGUGGCCGAUCAGCAGGCAAUACGCGACGGACUCAAUAAGAUUAGCUCGACGUUAAGCGACUUCUUGAGUCCACUGUCGUUGAUGUUGAUGACGAUUGUGUUACCAAUUAUUGUGAUCACGGCGUGCGAGUACUUGCCCUUCAAGACUAUCAGUGCUCUGAAUCACGCGGUUAUGUGGAAAGUCUAUAUAUUCCUGCUUAUGAUGGUUAUCAUACUCCCGUCGACCGGUUUUGUCAGUACAAAUGCCUUCUUAGAGGUGAUUCUGUCGACCAAUGAGACCAAACGGUUCCGUUGGGAGUGUCUGUUCCCCGUAGACAACGGCGCCUUUUUCGUCAAUUACGCACUACAGGCGGCCUUUUUGGGUAAUACUGUGGAAGUGUUACGACUGCCGGAGCUCUUUCUCUACCUUUUCUACUAUCUGUUAACCCGUUCGUCCGCUGAGUACAAAAACGCCAGAAAGCAAGUGGUGUUUGACUUCCCCUUUGGGGUCAGUUAUCCGCGAUUUUUGUUGAUUUUCGCGAUGACCGUCACCUACAGUAUCGCCUGUCCACUCAUCGCACCGUCCGGUAAGUCAUACAAUGAGGUUAUUGAAGAGUUUGUUUGUUGA